GGCCGGGCCCGGGCGCAGGCGGCGGCGGCAGCGGCGGCAGCGGCGGGCGCGGAGGGGUCGGGGCGCAGCGCUCACCAUGCCCUACAAGCUGAAGAAGGAGAAGGAGUCUCCAAAGUCUACCAAAAGCACCACAAAGCCUGGCAGCAGCAGCAGUAGCGGGAAGGAUGGUGGGGCAGAGAAUUCGGAAGAGGCCCAGCAGCCUCAGCAGCAACCACAGCAACCACAGCAGCAGCCAACGUCAAAUAAGCGGCCCAGUAACAGCGCUCCCCCACCAACCCAGCUGAAUAAAAUCAAGUACUCAGGGGGACCCCAGAUUGUGAAAAAGGAGCGCCGGCACAGCUCUUCCCGCUUCAAUCUGAGCAAAAACCGGGAACUGCAAAAACUCCCGGCCCUUAAAGAUGCUCCUCCACACGAACGAGAAGAGCUUUUCAUCCAGAAGCUGCGGCAGUGCUGUGUGCUUUUUGACUUCAUCUCUGACCCCCUCAGUGACUUGAAAUUCAAGGAGGUGAAGAGAGCAGGCCUCAAUGAGAUGGUGGAGUACAUCACACACAACCGUGAUGUCGUCACUGAGGCUAUCUAUCCUGAAGCUGUUAUCAUGUUUUCAGUGAACCUCUUCCGGACACUCCCACCAUCGUCCAAUCCCACAGGAGCAGAGUUUGACCCUGAGGAAGAUGAGCCUACAUUAGAGGCUGCCUGGCCACACCUUCAGCUGGUGUAUGAGUUCUUCCUCCGGUUCCUGGAAUCGCCUGACUUCCAACCAAACGUAGCCAAGAAAUACAUUGACCAGAAGUUUGUACUGUCUCUUCUGGAUCUCUUUGACAGUGAAGACCCCCGAGAACGAGACUUCCUAAAGACUAUUCUGCACAGGAUCUAUGGGAAGUUCCUGGGUCUGCGAGCAUACGUGAGGAGGCAGAUCAAUAAUAUAUUUUACAGGUUCAUCUAUGAAACAGAGCACCACAAUGGGAUUGCAGAGCUACUGGAGAUCCUAGGAAGCAUAAUCAAUGGGUUUGCUUUACCUCUGAAGGAAGAGCACAAGAUGUUCCUCAUCAGAGUCUUGUUACCCUUGCACAAAGUGAAGUCUCUGAGUGUCUACCAUCCACAGUUGGCGUACUGUGUUGUACAGUUCUUGGAGAAAGACAGCAGUUUGACAGAACCAGUGAUUGUGGGCUUGCUGAAGUUCUGGCCGAAAACUCACAGUCCCAAGGAGGUGAUGUUUUUAAAUGAGCUGGAGGAGAUCCUGGAUGUGAUUGAGCCGUCUGAGUUUGUGAAAGUUAUGGAGCCCUUGUUCAGGCAGUUGGCCAAGUGUGUCUCCAGCCCACACUUCCAGGUGGCAGAGCGAGCACUGUACUACUGGAACAAUGAAUAUAUCAUGAGCCUGAUCAGCGAUAAUGCAGCCAAAAUUCUCCCGAUCAUGUUUCCAGCGCUCUACAAGAACUCCAAGAGUCACUGGAACAAAACAAUCCACGGGCUGAUCUACAAUGCACUGAAGCUCUUCAUGGAGAUGAACCAAAAGCUUUUUGAUGACUGCACACAGCAAUACAAGGCAGAGAAGCAGAAGGGAAGGUUCAGGAUGAAGGAACGAGAAGAAAUGUGGCAGAAAAUAGAGGAGCUUGCCCGGCUGAAUCCUCAGUACCCCAUGUAUUAUGCACCUCUACCCUUGCCUUCUGUGUGCUGUAUGGAAACAGAGACCCCGACUGCAGAGGAUAUACAGCUACUGAAGAAAACAGUGGAGACGGAGGCUGUGCAGAUGCUGAAAGACAUUAAGAAGGACAAAGUUUUGCUGCGCCGGAAAUCUGAGCUUCCCCAGGACGUCUACACUAUAAAGGCCCUGGAGGCCCACAAGAGAGCAGAAGAGUUUCUCACCUCAAGCCAGGAGGCUCUCUGACGGGCUCAGGGGCUGGCCCGGGAAGCUCUGCCCCAUCCCUUUCCUCCAGGGGUCAUGGAAAUGCACUCAGUUCUCAUGUAUAAGUAAGGAAUGAACAUGGUGAGCUGUGCCUGUCCUCCACUCCAUCUGCAUACCUCCAGGCUAGAUCUGGUUUUAUGUUAUCUCACCACUGUCAUGUCCUCCUGCUUUUUCACCUUGGCUGUGCGUGCAUGAAGGGAGCCCGCCUGACCUCUGAUCGUAUCAGUCCAGGCAGGACUCACUUCAUUGCGAGCUGCCACCUGUUCUUACUCUGCCUGGAAAGCAGAGCCUUGCUCAGGCUCUGUGUUGGCCAGAGACACCCACGUGUGGCUCAGCAUGCUGCUCCAAGCCCCAAGUGCCCAUCUCUGCUGUGCCUGCCCCUGUGCUGCCUGUGCCGCUGAGCCCUGUGGUGCUUGGAGGUCAGGCUGAGCUUGAGGCAGGAGCAGAGCUUGUGGAGGCUUUGCUGCCUUGGGGUGCAGCUCCACAGCUGAAGGGUCUUACUUGCAGCAGAGAAGAUGUUUGCUUCCACCUUUCUUUUUUUCCAAGCCUCUUGUUUUGUUCCUCUGUCAGUGGAGUGGGGGGUUCAGUGCUUCGCCACCCCCAGUAAAGCUGGGUGCAAGCACUACGUACUUUUGCCCUCCCUUUCGAGCAUCCUUAGAAGCUCUCUUGUGGGAAAGUGAUUCCUUCAGCUAUUUGUGUUGAUCUGUGCUGACUCAUCUACAUCCCGGUGUCUCGGGUUAAUUGUGGGCCCAGAAUUAACUUCCUGCUUUGUAACAGGUGUCAGCCACUGAAUUCUGCUUUCUUCUUCUAACUGCUCAAUUAAAAUACUCCUGCAGCUCUCCCUUUGUCUCUGUAUCCCACCUUUAGCUCUGCAGUGGCCAGGGUUUUUAGAAAGCUUGUGCUGCUACAGUCCUUUCUGCAAGCUAGGGGAAGCAAUGGAUACACCUUAUGGGGCGUGGCUGAAUUUGGGUGCUUAGUCUCCUGGUUAUGACCGAUGGCCAAGUGUUACUGCUGAAUUGCUUCCAUGGGUGCUCUGACCAAAGUUCACCUUUCCCUGUUACUUUGGCACCCAUUGAGGCCCUUGAGCUGAGGCCCUUGUUAGUUAUUACUGGUGCAUCAGGGACUCUGCUAGAUUAGCAUUUAGAGCACACUUGCUGAUAGCCCAGGGGCUUGCACAGCACUUAGGUGCUACUGUGAUCCAGCUUUCACCCCUGUGUUUUGUGGUGCAGAUUCAGUGCCAGGCCAAAGUGCCACCUCAGAGUCUGGCUUGUGAUAGAAAAGGGAGUCCUCCUUGCUUCCUACCUGCUGCACCUGCUUUCUUGACACAUAAGCUUAAGUGGAAUUGCAGUAGUGCAGGGAGCUUACGGCAUUGGUGCUAGCCUGACACUGCUUUGCAGCAUCAUGGAAUGUUGUAGAAGGUUCUGGUGUAUCUGCUUGUCCUCACUAGUAAACCAUUCCUAGGCCAGAGGUUCAUCCUCUCUAAUCUUUCUGCUGGUGUGCAGCACAUCUUUCCCCCAACCCCGACCAGGCUGUUUUUACCUCCGUAUCCUGCAUCCCUGCCCUUUGUAGGUCUCUCUUGGCUCAGCCCUCACAAAGAAUGCCACCAUCUCUUCGGAGCAGCCGGUGAGCGCGUGUGUGAGAUCCCCCCCAGUCACGCAGGACCCCACCUUCCCUCCACAACAGGCCAGUUCAUCAGGAGACUUUAGAAACACCUCAGGGAGGUUAUUGCUUACACUGAACAUUAUUCCAAGCUUAUGAUCAGCUGCCAAUCAAUUACCUCACGCCUGGCACAGCAUGUAGACAUGCACCAGGUGAUGCCGGAUGGUGCACUGGAGUGGCACGGUGGAGAUGAGGACUGCUGGGCUCAGGCUGGGCGGGAUGCUUCUUCCUUUCAGUGCAGGCUUUCCAACUGGCUCUUAACAUUGUGCUAUAAGCCAGCACCUCAUUUUUAGAUUGCUACAGCAUGGUGUGCCCUCACUCAAGCCUGCUUGCUGCUGGGCAGCCUUUCCCUGCUGUAGGCUGCUCUGUCUGUGGAAGGAACAGAGACUUGUGGUGUGCAGAGGCUGAUGCUGUCCUACAGAUGGUCUGUCUCUGUUGCCAUCCCCUGAGCCUGGCCAGAGGGAUGCUGCUGGAGUUGUGCCAUGUGCAGGGGCAGGACUCUAACACAUCAUGACUACGUGCUGUACAGCUUUGAUGUUCCCAUAGCUUUGUGUGUCUUGUUCUGGGUCAGGGAACUUAGGCUUAGUACUUUCACCCUUUGUUUGCUGCCUAUUCAUUCCAGUGUCCUGGACACCUCAGAAGGGGACCAUGUGAGAAAGGGAGGAGUGUGCUCACCCUCUCACCACAUGUACUGCUCAUGGGCAGAUCUGCAUCUGCCACACUACAGCUGUCCCUUGCUCAAUACUUGGUUUCUAGCAUUAGUGCUGCUCAUUUCUGCCUACGCCUUCCCCAUGUCAGCCAAAUGGACAGAACUGGAGCUGCCUCUUCCACUUCACCUGGCUCCCUCCUCCCAAGGGAACAAGCAAAACUACUGCAUUCACCCCCUGGACACAAGUAUUAAGCUGCUUACAGUUCAUAUGUACAUAUGGUGUACUUUAUUUUCAGUAGAGCAUUACAUAGUAUGAAAGUGUUGGAUUUUGUACAGAUGUCCCUGUAUGUACAGAACUAAAUAAAACCAAUCUCUUGGAAUGACA